AUGUACCUUGGCACCUUACGCGUACCUAUGCUCUCAACUGUCCGCAGGCCGGAAGCACACCAUCAGCACCAAGAGAACUCCCGAAUGCCUCUGGCUGCCCAUCAUUCGCCCAAGUCUCACGGCAUGUCCACCACAGUUCUUACACACGAGUCGAUGAGUGAGGUAUUACAGGCGGUUAACUCAUCCGUGGAUGCUGCUGCAUCUCGGCCGCGGAUCGCCAUCCGUCCACGUCGCAGACAGGCGAGCAUGAAGAAGCAGCAGCAGCAGCAGCAGCAGACUUAUAAGCAUAAGGAUGAUGCCUUAGGUCAUCAGGUCGAGGCACACAAGUGUCCUGGCGACUGGUGCAAUGCCGGUCCUGAUUGGAUCAAUCCCGAGACGGCAUCUUAUUGCUAUCAGGACGACUCCUACACAGAAGCAUCGUUUGGUACAGUAAAGGACUUCUCUUCGCAUGCGUCCAACCGCAGCGACGGAUCUGGUGCGCUUGUUUGA